AUGGUACGGACAGUCAAGGACCUGUUCCGCAAGUCCAAAGACCCUCACCUCGCUCUGCUCAGUUAUCGGGACACUCCAGGAGUCGAUGGCUUCAGUCCAGCCCAGCUGUUGAUGGGACGUCAGCUGAGAACCAGAGUCCCGAAGCAAAACUCCCAGUUACAUCCCAAAUGGCCGCCUAGGAAAGAUGUCGUCGCCAAGGAUGCGGCCUACAAGCGUAAGCAGACCGACGACUACAAUAGGCAUCACGGAGCUCGAGACCUGUCACCUCUCCAAACCGGUCAGCGUGUGUGGGUGCGCCCUGACCAAGUGCAAGCUACGGUCCUCAGCCCGGGGCAAAGGCCAAGAAGCUACGUGGUUGAAACAGACCAAGGUGGUGUUCUACAGCGCAACCGCCGUCACCUAGUGCCUUUCGUGCCUUCUACCUCCAGUGGGGAAUCGCUGCCGACAGCUGCACAGCAACCAUCGCCACUGCAUCAAGUUCCCCUUCAGGAACCUCAGCCUGCCAACAGCGUGGAACCUGCGGUCUCCCAAGGGCAGCCUUUGCAACAUUCCCCAGCAGCCAGGGACACGUUAUGGCCGGCGCGUUGUUCCGCCGCGCCGUUUGAACUUGUGACAUUGUGA